AUGUUACCGGUUACCGCCAAACGAGAAAUUGUGUCGUGGGCAGUUCCAGCGGUUCUUGGUGGAAUUACCAACCGAUUCCUCGGACGAGACAUUUCCCUCGCCGACCAAAUGGAAAAGGGAGAAGUUCACAUGCCUAAUCGAAAACCAGCCAAAGCCCAUCAAUUCAGGUUUAAGAGACCUCCCCAGAAUUACCCAGAGCAUGUGCCACUUUAUGCAUUUGAAAAAGUUGCACUUUUUCUUGGUUCUUCAGUAGGCGCUUUUUUGCAUCCGGAGAGAAACGAGUUCAUUGUUGCUCUUGGAGAGUCAACGGCAUUUGACUUUGUUCUCAAAAAUUUAAGAUCGCAAAUGUUGUCAGACCCAACAGGGCGAGAAAUACUGAGAGAAAGGCCUAGGAUGACAUCGGAGUCGCUCGAUUUAGCCUACUUGAGAAGUCUGCCAGAAUCAACUCUGGGCAGAAACUACGUUAUGUGGCUAGAUCGCGAACACGUUUCCCCGGAUACCCGCGAACAAGUGAGAUACAUUGAUGAUGAGGAAUUGAGCUACGUGUAUCAGAGGUAUCGGGAAUGCCACGAUUUUUACCAUACUAUAACGGGAUUGCCAGUGUUCCGCGAGGGAGAGAUCGCUCUCAAGCUGUUUGAGUUCAUGAAUCUACAAAUCCCCAUGACGGGACUUGGUGCAAUGUUUGCCCCAAUUCCGAUUAAAUCUUCGCAGAGAGAUAGACUGUUCAGUAUUUAUUACCCUUGGGCGCUGAAGAACGGUUCUCAGUCGAAACCGCUGAUCAACGUCUACUGGGAGAAAUUAUUGGAGAAGGAUAUUGACGAGUUGAAGGCAGAGUUGAACAUCGAGAGGCCACCGGAUAUGAGGGAGUUGAGGCGGCUGCAGAGACAGAAAAAGUGA